UUAUCCAAUGGAAAGGGAUAUGGUUCACAAGUGGCACCACCCCAGUGGUGGAAACGAUUGAUGCACAUUUCUGGGGAUCAGAUAAUUCCGCAAACUAAACAUUCAUCAUCUUCAUUCAAAGCCUCUCACUGCUUCUUCUGUUGUUCUUGUCCUUUUGCAACGCUUGAGAUCAGCAAAGGUAGAGAGACAACCUAAGUUACAGAAGACACAGAAGAACAUAAGAAGAUGGCCUCAGCAGCAUCUGGGUUUGUGUUGUCUCUUAACGUUGCAGCUGCAGCUGCCACCACAAACUCAUCAUCAUCCCCUUCAAGGGUCAUCUUCCCCUCAAAGAACAAUGUUUCUAGGCUUGUUGUAAGGGCCUCCGAUGAGGCUGCACCCGCACCUGCCACCGCCACUCCCCCACCUGAAGCUGAAGCAAAGCCAAAGCCACCCCCUAUUGGCCCCAAGAGAGGUGCUAAGGUGAAGAUUCUUAGGAAGGAAUCGUAUUGGUACAAAGGAACUGGCUCAGUUGUUGCUGUUGAUCAGGAUCCCAAGACUCGGUACCCUGUUGUGGUUCGAUUCAACAAAGUGAACUAUGCCAAUGUAUCAACAAACAACUAUGCUCUGGAUGAAAUCGUGGAAGUUGAAUGAGUCCAAUUUAAUUGUAAUUUUGAUGUCUGUCUUGUUAUCGCUGUUACUAGUCUAAGGUUUUAUCAUGUUACAAAACAAGAGAAUCUGUAUCAUAUUCUUUCUGAUAUCUACCCCUUCAUCUCUAUUCUCUGUGAACAA